GAAACUCGCGCUCCGCAGACUCAAUAGCCCAGAGACCCCACGUGGUGUAUACCAUUGCGAAUUCCACAUUUUUCUUCAUCCUCUUCAUCUUCCGUUUAAAGGUGACCGGUGUGGCGGUUCGCCAAAGUUCUUCGUUACGCCAAAGAAAAUCGCGAUAGUACGAGCCGGAGAUUCGGCUGAUAAGUUGUUUAGCAUUGUCUUUUUCUUUCGAAAGGGUCUUUUGUCUUGAACGAAAAGAGACUGUUUAUUGUGAUCGGUGAUCGGUGAUCGAUAGUCACGGGUGAUGUUAGGCGAGUUUCGACGAAAGAACAAUCGCGUUGAGUACUGUGGAAAUCAAGAAUAAGGGUGGUAGAAGGAAACAUUAAGUUAUUAACGUCUACCUUGAGGUAUCGGCUGAAAAAUGAGUAAAGGGUGGAAAGGUGCAAAAGACUUCGUCGGCCUCGAAGAGGUGACGAAGGUCGAGUUCCUGGUCAUGUUGUUCGCUGAGGCUCUUGGAACGUUUCUUCUGGUUCUGAUCGGUUGCGCAUCCUGCAUCACCUGGACAGCAGACAAUCCACCCACUGUGGUGCAUAUCGCAUUCACCUUUGGCCUGGCCGUCGCGAGUUUGGCACAUGUAUUAGGUCCAGUUUCAGGGUGUCACGUAAAUCCAGCGGUAUCAGUGGGUCUUUUAGUUAGCGGAAACUGCAGUUUUCUUAAAGCAUUGUGCUACAUAGUGUGUCAGUGUUGCGGUGCGAUAGCAGGUUCUGCAGUUUUGAAGGUAUUAAUUCCAGCAGAAUCAGCUCAUGGUUUAGGCGCCACAUCGUUGGGGUCAUCGGUCACUGAAAGUCAAGGAAUCUUCAUGGAAGCCAUCGUCACUUUUCUUUUAUUGCUGGUCGUCCAUGCUGUAACAGACCCGAAACGAACGGACACCAAAGGAUGGGCACCAUUGGCUAUUGGAUUAACCAUCACCGUAGCUCACAUGGCUGCUGUUCCUAUAACAGGAAGCAGCAUGAAUCCUGCCAGGACACUGGGUCCAGCAGUGAUCCUGGAUCACUGGGAAAAUCAAUGGAUUUAUUGGGUUGGACCCAUUCUCGGUGCCUCUGUUGCUGGUGGACUCUACAAAAUGGCCUUCAGACGAAAGAAGGAAGACGACGAAGCGUCCUAUGAUUUCUAAAAAUGAAAUCUAAUUCGAUUUGUCUCUUGUGAAAAAAAAAGAAACACACAACCGAAAUUAGUUAUGAUACUCUGCAACCAUAAACUUUGUAAUAUAUUGGCGCCGAAAAGAAGUUUCGCGAGGAAUCUUGCGAAAUCAGAAAGUUCAUCGUUCGGUUUGAGAAAAACUGAAAUUAUUAUUGGUGGACGACGCGACUGACUUUGGAUAAUUUGAGGCUGGGAGAAAAUGGACGUUCUAUUUAUUACAUUGUACAGUUUAAGCGUUUUUUCGACGAAUAUUUAACGUGACUAGUUGUUUACUGGACUAAGUUCUUGCGUUUUAGAUACUAUUAAAACUAAUGAUAUUAGAGAAGACGUCGUAUUUCAUAGUUGUUCAAUUAAACUACACGACUAUGUUUAUAUCAUCGAGAAUUUAACAGAAUGAAAUUAGAUGAACGCAAGAACUAUUUUGUAAUUUGAUGUUAAUUCUUUCCUAUUCGUUUUCCAUCCGUUUAAGCAGGAAAGAAAUGUUUCAUUUAGAAAACAGAUUUCAUUGUUAAUGAUAUAAUUAAUGUAACGAAUCUAUCUAGUAUUUGUUACACCUGCAUUAGUAAUAUUUAAGGUAAAUCUUCGAUCCAUGUUUGUUUGAAAGUAUAAUAUUUUCAUUAUUACAGUAUUCUACAUAAAUCACGUUCAGUACGACAUAAUUUCGCUCUGUAAUUUCAUAUUCUUCUUGGAAAGAAACUGUUUCGUGUACAUUUCGUAAAUCGUUUAAGUUUUGUACAUAUUGUACUUAAAUUAUUUUAUAAGAUACCGAUUUCUAAAUAUAUGAUUUAUAUCGUG